UUAACCACAAGCCUACAGGGCACUUAUACCCCCUUCCUGCUCAGGCCAAUUUCCAGCUUUCAGUGUUGUCAUACUUUGAAUGACAAUUGCGUGGUCAUGCAACACUGUAACCAUAUGAAAUUGUUAUCAUUUUUUUUUUUAGACAGAUAGAUCUUUAUUUUGGUGGUAUUUAAUCAACUCUGGGUUUUUUAUUUUUUCUUAAACAAACCAAAAACCACUGAAAAUUUUUAAAAAGAAAAAGGCUUCCAAAAUGCUUGGGUUUUUUUUUGU